AUGGCCCCCGAUGUAGCCUCCAUGACCUCGACACCCUCGACGCCCGCUCUCAAGCCCUCACAGAAGCCUCCAAGCGGUCCCAACGUCCUCGAAGUCGUCUUCGGCUCGCUGCUCAUCCAGCCCUGGUACCCGUCCUUCUACCCCGAAGAGCUUGUCGGGCGACGCGUGGAACGGCUGUAUGUGUGUCAAUGGUGCUUCAAGUAUAGCAAGGAGUUAGUAGGGUUUAUUGGGCAUUUGAAAGCAUGCCCACUCCGCAACACGCCGCCGCCGGGCGUGAACGUCUACACAAAAGACAACUACUCCUUGUACGAGAUCGAUGGUGAAAAACACAAACUCUACGCGCAGAACCUCUCGCUUUUCGCCAAGCUCUUCCUCGAUACUAAAUCCGUCUUCUACGAUGUCACAACGUUCUUGUACUACCUCCUCGUCGCGCACAAACCCACGCCAGAAAUCCCAAAUACCAGUUUCGGCGACGAGGUUGACGGGGGCGAGAUUGGUGCGCAAGGGCAGGUUGUUGGCUUCUUCAGCAAAGAGAAGAUGAGCUGGGACAACAACAAUCUAGCGUGUAUCUUGGUGUUUCCGCCGUGGCAGAAACAAGGGCUGGGGCAGAUAUUGAUGGGCGCGAGCUAUGAGAUGAGUAGACGCGAAGAGAGGCUGGGCGGACCUGAGAAACCGCUGUCAGAUCUUGGUCGUAUCGCAUAUAUCCAUUACUGGUCGCAAACGCUCGCUCGCACGAUCCUCGCCUGUCCUUCCAAGAAGGCACUUACGGUGCAAGAUCUGCGUGAGAAGACGUACAUUGUGCCCGAGGAUAUAAUCGCGACACUACAAACUAUGGACGUGCUGGAGCAGAAGAAGAGAGGAGGUGCCAACGCUGUUAUCAACAAGGCCAAGGUAAGAGCUUGGGCAGAUAUGCAUAAGGUGGAUUUGAAGGCCUGUCUAGUUGAUUCCGAUGCUUUUGUUGUGAGGGAAGUGAGUCGAAGUGUGAGUGAGGAAUCGUGA